AUGGUGGACCAAGGUGUCUUGUACAAAUGCCUGAGCUGCCAUGAAGAUUUGAUACAGGACCUUGGCACCUAUGAGCUGGUGUCCAGGAACCAAGCCACUGACCCAGGUGGCUUGAUGGAAAUCAUUGCCUUGUUGGAGUCCUUGGUCAAGGUCUCUGCCACCUUCGAAGUGCAUUCAGGUCCACUCAGGACCUGUUUGCUGACCUUGGCCAAGGACAAGCCAAGCUUAAACACUUCAAAAUUCAAUGGGCAGGUCUGGGCCAACAUCAAGACUGAAAGGCUUGUGGUGGUCAUGGCUCACUGCAGAAGGCUAAAAAAUGAUGCUGAGAUGAGGAAAGCUGCUGCCAAGCUUAAAUCUGUAGACUACCAAAGGCUGCAGAAUCUGGUUGACAAAAUCAGAGACAAAGAUGAGCAGGAAGAGCCUGAAAGAAUGAGGGAUGACAUGUCCCUGGACUCAGAGGGAUACCCCAAUGAACUGAAAACAUCACCAGCCAAAAAAACCUUGACAAAAGGUAAGAGGUCUGCUGAAGAAUUGGAAGAUGAAGAGCACUUGCCAAAAGUGAACACUUCCUUCUUCAGGAAAAAGAUAGGGUCCAGGGCAGCCAAAUCCUCCAAGGCCUGGGGCCAAGAAGAUGAGGAUGAAGGCUUGGCAAAAGCCAUUGGCUUGCCAAAGGCCUUGCCAAAAGGACAAGCAAAGAAGAGGCCAGCAGCAACUCUGAAGAAACCCUUGACAAAAGGGACUGCAAAAAUGAGGAAACCAGCUGCAUCCUGCAGCUCAGGAAAGUCACCUGCAGGGGUGCAGGCAGAAGUGAAGCCCAAAGGCCAAAAGUGGCAUAAGUUGAAGGUGACAUAUGCAAAGAAACCUGAAAGGGCAUACAUCACUGCACAGUCUGCACCCAAGGAAAAAUUCAGGCUCCUGGUGGAGGGAGCUCAGAGAAAGCCUCUGCUGAGCAGCAUGGCAUGCCUUGACAAAAGGCUGAAUGCUGUGCACUGGCUGUGCACAAUGAAGCAAAGCUCCUUGGCAAAAGGUAUAGCUUUCCUUGGCAAAAGGCCAACUGGCAGUGGCACCACCUCCCAUGCCAGAAGGGCAAGGAUCCAGGCAGCUGCCCAAGAAAGGGACAGGCUAGCUGCCCUGGGGGACAGUGCUGCUUUGGCUGACAAAGCCAAGAAGGAAGCACAGAAAGCUGCUUCUAUGAAGAAGCAGGCUGAAGAGGCUGCUGAGCAGGCAGCAAGGACAGCUGCCCAGGCAGCUGAAGCAGCUGCAGCUGCCAGCCAAGCAGCUGGAUGGGUGGAAGUUGGGCCAUCCAGGAAAAAGCCCAGGAAAGGGCCUCCUUGCCAAAAGGAGAAACCAAACAAAAGGGAGCAGCCAAAGAAAAAGGAAACUCCUUGCCAAAAGGGGCAGGCAAACAAGAAGGAAACUCCUUGCCAAAAGGAGCAAGAAAAGAAAGAUGCUCCUGGCCAAAAGGAGCAGAAGGAAAGUGUCCCUCCUGAAGGUUCCAAAGAUGGGGUGUCAAAGAAACUUGGCCCUUCAGAGAAGGAACAAGCAAAGGAAAAGGAGCAGAGCAAAGGCUUGACAAAAGCAAAAGAUGAUUCCUUGCCAAAAGGAAAAAAAUCAAGCCAACAGAGCAGUGAUGAUGGAAUGAGUGUGGACUGGGGCAACAGUAGCUCCAGUGCCAGUGCCAGCUCUGGCACACCAUCACCUGGCAGCCCUGACCCCUUGACAAAAGGGGAUGAUGGCAAAAAGGGCUUGCCAAAAAAGCAGCCACCCAAGAGGGUUGCAGUGGACUGGCACAAGGUCCUGGUGCAUAACAACCUGUAUGACCUCACAGCCACCCCAUGGCUGCAGAAGCUCAAGGAUGCAGGGUAUGAAGUGCACCUGUUGAGCUACUGUGGCUGGAAGAGAAGCCAUGAGGUGUAUGACUGGGCCUGGUUUGAAUGGAAUGGCUGGGCCUCUGUCAGCUUCACCUGGAAGCAAUGUGGCAAGGAAGGGAAAGCCCAGUGGUGCCUGGACAAUGGGGUAAGCAAGCUGGUGGAUGACAAUGCUGACAUUUGUUCUGAAGCCAUUCAGUUUGGCAUCCAGGCUUACCCCAUUGUGCCUGCUGGUCAGAGAAGGAAAAAGGGGCAGCCUAAGCUCCAAAGCUGCUUCUCUGACUUUGCAGCUGCAGCCAUUGACAUCCUCAAGGCCCAAGAGGCUGUGGCACUGCAAUGGGAAACCUUGGCAAAAGGUUCAUGGAUGCUGGCAGGUUCUAGCAAGGACACACCCUUGACAAAAGGAAAGCAGAAAAAUGCUUUGAACAAAAAAGCAUUGGAUGACCUGGGGGAGCUAAGCCUGAAAGAAAGAAUCAAGAAAGCCACAGAAGGAGCUGAGACUGCAGAAGAGGCAGUGCUAGCAUUGAAAAAACAAUUGACCCCCAAGGAGCAGCAAAGUGCAUGGUCCAAAAUGAAAACCAAAAUGAAAAAUGACCCAGCAGAAGCAAAGAAGGUGGAAAACAUGUCCAAGAAGGAAAUUGGCAUCUAUGCCACCAUGUGCCUCUUGAAGGCUGAGGCUCCCAAGUUCAUGGCCUUAAAGCAGGAGUUGAACUCAGGUGUCUCCUUGACAAAAGGAGAAACAUGGGAGUCAGAACUUCAGAUGCUGCAGAAAUUUUCCAGAGAAGAGCUGGAGCUUCACUUGGCCUCUGGUCGAGUGAAGUGGAGAGCAGACCCAUGGACAGGGGGAUGCUACCAAUACCAAGACCAGGGGGACAUCAAGAAAACAAGUACUGUCACCCAUAGCAAUGCAUAUGCUUGGGGGCAGGAAUAUGAAGCUGAGAAUGAAGAAGCUUGGGACAGCCACUUCACCAAGGACCUCAGCAGCCACCUUCUGGAACUGGAAGGCAAAGGGAAGGGCAAAGCCUUGACAAAAGGAAAGCCAGCCUCAAAGGGAAGGGGCAAAGGCAAAGCCAGAGGACAGCCUCAACUGGCUUUGGAAGAUGGUGACCCCAAUGAGGAUGAUGACAAUGAUGAUAAGACAGAGGACCAGGAGUGGUCCACAUGCUUGACAAAAGCAAGGAAAGCCAGGGACCUCUUGGUGAGCAGCCAGGCCAAUCUGCAGGAGGAUAUGGCAAAAGCUGCCAGCUGCCAAAGGCUGAGCAAGGGCACCAAGAAGGAUGCAGACACACUGCUCAGCAAAGCCCAAGCAAUGGAGAAGAAGUGCAAAGACCUCUUGCUCAAGGGGAAGAAAGCUCUUAGCUUGACAAAAGCUAAAGGUCUGAUCCAGGAUGCCACCACACUGAGCAAGGAGCUGAAGGAUCAGAAGAAGGAGAUCUCAGUUGUGGCAAACAAAGCCUACUCCAAGGCUAAAAGAUUGAGAGGUCACCAGUUGGAGCUUGAAAAAAGGAAGGGCAAGCCCUUGACAAAAGGUGCACAGGCUGAGAAAAGUGGCUUGGUCACCAAGCUCUUGAGCCUGUGGGCCCAUGGGCAGUUGUCUGCCACCCUUUGCCAGCAGCUUGCCCACCUGGCUGUCUUGGAUGGAGCCCACCAUGAGGAAUUGAUACAGAUGGCAUCUGCUGGCAACUGGGGCGAGGCCAGUGGCAACUGCCACAGAGACUUCAUGUCAACACAUUGCAAGAGCAAUGCAUUGACCAAAGCCUAUGAAGUAGAUGUGCAGGUCAGGGACCCAAAGACUUCAAAGGUGGGAGUUGAAACUGCUUCCCUGUACUUGCCACAUCUGCUUUUUGCAGACCUUGCUACAUCCUACUCAGAGCAGUUUGAGAAAAUCUUUAAAUGCUCUGAGCUGGCAGCAUUCUGGAAAAAUGUGGAAGCAGUCAAGGAUGAGAGGCUGCAAGGCCACCCCAUCUGCCUUGACAAAAGGCAAGGCCUUGCCAAAAGGCAUGUGGUGAAUGCUGAAAGAACAGUGCCACUGUUCAUUCAUGCAGAUGGUGUGGAGUUCCAGACCAGGGACACUAUCAUGUGCUGGAACUGGGGAGGGUUGCUUUCACAGUUCAGCAGCCUCCAAAGCCACAUGCUGAUCUGUGCCUUUCCAAAGUCUUGCACCAUGGAGUCGACCUGGACACCCAUCAUGAAGUACAUCAAAUGGUCACUGGAAAGUUUGCAAGAUGGCUUUCACCCCUGUGUUGGGCCAGACAAUGAGCCCUUGCCAAAAGGGUCUAUGUUUGAAAAACUGGCUGGAACACCACUCACUCCUCAAGGCUUCAGAGGUGUGGUGUGGUCCAUCCAAGGGGACCAUGAGAUGUACAGCCUGGUGCUGGGCCUCCCUCAUUGGAACAGCAAGUUUCCCUGCUGGGAGUGUGACUGCCAGCAACCCUUGACAAAAGGGGUGCCAUGCCCUGAAGGAAAAUCUUUUAAGUUGCUGAAGGAAGAAGAGCAGGCCUUUGAAUGCUUGAGCCAUGCAGAAGCCUUGACAAAAGGCAUGGAACAGCACCCUCUGUUCCAAAUUGAAGGCUUGAGCACCAAGAUGGAAUACCCAAAGCUGGACUGCAAAGCAGCAGAGUGCAAGCAUUUCAUGCCUGCUCUUCUGCCUGUGAUCAAAGCCAUGCUUGAUUCAACAGAUGAGGUGCACCAACAUAUGGUGCAUGCUCUGUCAAGCAUGGUUGAUUUGAUCCAGCUUUUUGAUGAUGCUGGGAUGUUCCUUGACAAAAGGACAUAUGGCCAGGCCAGGAAGCUAGCCAGGCAAUUCUUUUCCAGCUACUCCUGGCUGAAUGAGUGGGCAGAAGAAGCUGACAGAUAUUUGUUCCACAUCACCAUGAAGUUUCACACCUGUGGUCACAUGGUCAAGAGCUCCUGUGAUAUCAACCCCAGGUGUUGCUGGAACUUUAGGUCAGAAGAUUUUGUGGGCAGGAUGAGCACUUUGGGAUCCAGUGUGGUGCAUGGAGUCAAGUCUACAAGGCUGUGCUCCAAAAUCAAUGACAAAUACCAAGUGCUCCUGCACCUCCAGCUCGACAGGCACACCUUGACCAAAGGUUCUAGCAAGGACACACCCUUGACAAAAGGAAAGCAGAAAAAUGCUUUGAACAAAAAAGCAUUGGAUGACCUGGGGGAGCUAAGCCUGAAAGAAAGAAUCAAGAAAGCCACAGAAGGAGCUGAGACUGCAGAAGAGGCAGUGCUAGCAUUGAAAAAACAAUUGACCCCCAAGGAGCAGCAAAGUGCAUGGUCCAAAAUGAAAACCAAAAUGAAAAAUGACCCAGCAGAAGCAAAGAAGGUGGAAAACAUGUCCAAGAAGGAAAUUGGCAUCUAUGCCACCAUGUGCCUCUUGAAGGCUGAGGCUCCCAAGUUCAUGGCCUUAAAGCAGGAGUUGAACUCAGGUGUCUCCUUGACAAAAGGAGAAACAUGGGAGUCAGAACUUCAGAUGCUGCAGAAAUUUACCAGAGAAGAGCUGGAGCUUCACUUGGCCUCUGGUCGAGUGAAGUGGAGAGCAGACCCAUGGACAGGGGGAUGCUACCAAUACCAAGACCAGGGGGACAUCAAGAAAACAAGUACUGUCACCCAUAGCAAUGCAUAUGCUUGGGGGCAGGAAUAUGAAGCUGAGAAUGAAGAAGCUUGGGACAGCCACUUCACCAAGGACCUCAGCAGCCACCUUCUGGAACUGGAAGGCAAAGGGAAGGGCAAAGCCUUGACAAAAGGAAAGCCAGCCUCAAAGGGAAGGGGCAAAGGCAAAGCCAGAGGACAGCCUCAACUGGCUUUGGAAGAUGGUGACCCCAAUGAGGAUGAUGACAAUGAUGAUAAGACAGAGGACCAGGAGUGGUCCACAUGCUUGACAAAAGCAAGGAAAGCCAGGGACCUCUUGGUGAGCAGCCAGGCCAAUCUGCAGGAGGAUAUGGCAAAAGCUGCCAGCUGCCAAAGGCUGAGCAAGGGCACCAAGAAGGAUGCAGACACACUGCUCAGCAAAGCCCAAGCAAUGGAGAAGAAGUGCAAAGACCUCUUGCUCAAGGGGAAGAAAGCUCUUAGCUUGACAAAAGCUAAAGGUCUGAUCCAGGAUGCCACCACACUGAGCAAGGAGCUGAAGGAUCAGAAGAAGGAGAUCUCAGUUGUGGCAAACAAAGCCUACUCCAAGGCUAAAAGAUUGAGAGGUCACCAGUUGGAGCUUGAAAAAAGGAAGGGCAAGCCCUUGACAAAAGGUGCACAGGCUGAGAAAAGUGGCUUGGUCACCAAGCUCUUGAGCCUGUGGGCCCAUGGGCAGUUGUCUGCCACCCUUUGCCAGCAGCUUGCCCACCUGGCUGUCUUGGAUGGAGCCCACCAUGAGGAAUUGAUACAGAUGGCAUCUGCUGGCAACUGGGGCGAGGCCAGUGGCAACUGCCACAGAGACUUCAUGUCAACACAUUGCAAGAGCAAUGCAUUGACCAAAGCCUAUGAAGUAGAUGUGCAGGUCAGGGACCCAAAGACUUCAAAGGUGGGAGUUGAAACUGCUUCGCUGUACUUGCCACAUCUGCUUUUUGCAGACCUUGCUACAUCCUACUCAGAGCAGUUUGAGAAAAUCUUUAAAUGCUCUGAGCUGGCAGCAUUCUGGAAAAAUGUGGAAGCAGUCAAGGAUGAGAGGCUGCAAGGCCACCCCAUCUGCCUUGACAAAAGGCAAGGCCUUGCCAAAAGGCAUGUGGUGAAUGCUGAAAGAACAGUGCCACUGUUCAUUCAUGCAGAUGGUGUGGAGUUCCAGACCAGGGACACUAUCAUGUGCUGGAACUGGGGAGGGUUGCUUUCACAGUUCAGCAGCCUCCAAAGCCACAUGCUGAUCUGUGCCUUUCCAAAGUCUUGCACCAUGGAGUCGACCUGGACACCCAUCAUGAAGUACAUCAAAUGGUCACUGGAAAGUUUGCAAGAUGGCUUUCACCCCUGUGUUGGGCCAGACAAUGAGCCCUUGCCAAAAGGGUCUAUGUUUGAAAAACUGGCUGGAACACCACUCACUCCUCAAGGCUUCAGAGGUGUGGUGUGGUCCAUCCAAGGGGACCAUGAGAUGUACAGCCUGGUGCUGGGCCUCCCUCAUUGGAACAGCAAGUUUCCCUGCUGGGAGUGUGACUGCCAGCAACCCUUGACAAAAGGGGUGCCAUGCCCUGAAGGAAAAUCUUUUAAGUUGCUGAAGGAAGAAGAGCAGGCCUUUGAAUGCUUGAGCCAUGCAGAAGCCUUGACAAAAGGCAUGGAACAGCACCCUCUGUUCCAAAUUGAAGGCUUGAGCACCAAGAUGGAAUACCCAAAGCUGGACUGCAAAGCAGCAGAGUGCAAGCAUUUCAUGCCUGCUCUUCUGCCUGUGAUCAAAGCCAUGCUUGAUUCAACAGAUGAGGUGCACCAACAUAUGGUGCAUGCUCUGUCAAGCAUGGUUGAUUUGAUCCAGCUUUUUGAUGAUGCUGGGAUGUUCCUUGACAAAAGGACAUAUGGCCAGGCCAGGAAGCUAGCCAGGCAAUUCUUUUCCAGCUACUCCUGGCUGAAUGAGUGGGCAGAAGAAGCUGGCAGAUAUUUGUUCCACAUCACCAUGAAGUUUCACACCUGUGGUCACAUGGUCAAGAGCUCCUGUGAUAUCAACCCCAGGUGUUGCUGGAACUUUAGGUCAGAAGAUUUUGUGGGCAGGAUGAGCACUUUGGGAUCCAGUGUGGUGCAUGGAGUCAAGUCUACAAGGCUGUGCUCCAAAAUCAAUGACAAAUACCAAGUGCUCCUGCACCUCCAGCUCGACAGGCUGGGGUUUGACAAUGCGCAUUGGGAGCCAAGCAUGGAAAUACCUUGA